GUAGCGCAUGCGCGCUGCGCCGGGCCAGAGAGUUGUCGGCUGGGAAAUGGCGGCCGCGGGCUUGGUGGCUGUGGUAGCGGCUGCGGAGUACUCUGGCCCGGUGGCGUCCGGGGGAAACCUCUCGGGUGCUACCUGUGGGCCGAGCCCCGGGUUGGGUCCAGGUCCUGGCCCUGGCUCUUGGAGCCGCUCGGUCGACCGAGCUCUGGAAGAGGCGGCGGUCACCGGGGUGCUGAGCCUGAGCGGCCGGAAACUGAGGGAGUUUCCCCGGGGAGCGGCCAACCACGACCUGACGGACACCACCCGGGCCGACCUGUCACGAAAUCGCCUCUCAGAAAUUCCUAUGGAAGCGUGUCACUUUGUUUCUCUGGAAAGUCUUAACCUAUACCAGAAUUGUAUUCGAUAUAUCCCAGAGGCUGUUCUAAACUUACAAGCUCUGACAUUCCUAAAUAUUAGUCGAAACCAACUGUCAACAUUGCCAGUCCACUUAUGUAAUUUACCACUGAAAGUCUUAAUCGCUAGCAAUAACAAAUUGGUCUCACUUCCUGAAGAAAUUGGACAUCUCAGACAUUUGACGGAACUUGAUGUAAGCUGCAAUGAAAUUCAAACUGUACCUUCCCAAAUUGGUAAUCUGGAAGCCCUGAGAGACUUUAAUGUAAGAAGAAAUCAUCUUGUACGCUUGCCUGAAGAGCUGGCAGAGGUGCCUUUGAUAAGACUUGACUUCUCGUGCAAUAAAAUCACGGUAAUCCCUGUUUGUUACCGGAACCUCCGGCACCUCCAGGUGAUCACCUUGGAUAACAACCCGCUUCAGUCGCCUCCUGCACAGAUAUGUAUAAAAGGCAAAAUCCACAUAUUUAAAUAUUUGAACAUACAAGCUUGUAAGAUUGCUCCAGAUCUGCCAGAUUAUGAACGGAGACCCUUGGGAUUUGGCUCCUGCCAUGAAGAACUGUACUCAGGCCGUCCUUAUGGAGCCCUUGAUUCAGGCUUCAAUAGUGUGGACAGUGGUGAUAAGAGAUGGUCAGGAAAUGAGCCUACAGACGAAUUUUCAGAUCUGCCUCUUCGAGUGGCAGAGAUUACUAAAGAGCAAAGACUACGGAGAGAAAGCCAGUACCUGGAGAAUCGCAGCAGUGUGGUCGUCACGAAUGGUGGAGUAGAGCAUGAUCUGGAUCAGAUAGACUACAUUGACAGCUGUACUACAGAAGAAGAAGAAAACGAUGUGAAGCAGCCCAAAAGCCUGGACACGAACAGUCUCAGCUCACAAUUUAUGGCGUAUAUUGAACAACGGAGAAUCUCGCAUGAGGGGUCACCAGUAAAGCCAAUAGCCGUUAGAGAGUUUCAAAAAACAGAAGACAUGAAAAGAUACUCACAUCAAAACAGGGUUCCAGUUGAGCCAUCAUUGGUGUUAUCAAUGCCACCAAGUCACAAUCAGCUUUCACAUUCAGACUUGGAGCUUCAUCAGAGGAGAGAGCAGUCUAUUGAGUGCACUCGGAGAGAGGCAAAGCUUGCUGCCCUGCAGUACGAGGAAGAGAAAAUAAGGACCAAGCAGAUUCAGAGAGAUGCUGUCCUAGACUUUGUCAAACAAAAAACAUUACAAAAUCCACAGGAACAGCCGCACCCUGGAAAUGGUGAGUGUCCCUUCCCAUCCAGAAGGUCUCAGCACACUGAUGAUAGUGCCUUGCUAGUGUCACUGUCAGGGUUGGAUGGAGUGAGCUGCGUGGCUACCCGGCCUCAUUGUUCUGCCUUCACACCUCUUAAGAGAGAUGACAGAGUGGAUGUCACCUCAAGCGUUCCUAUGACAGAGACAGUCCGUCAUUCCCCUGCACAUUCCUUUCCUGCUGCUACCCAGAGAAAUCAGUCCCAGCGCCCUGAAAGCUUCCUUUUCCGAGCUGCUGUCAGGGCAGAAGCUAAUAAAGGUCGUGCGUCCCCACUUCUUGUGUCAUCUGCACCUGCAACUGAUCCUACAGAUGCCAUAACAAAACAGAGAGAAGAAGAGCUGAAAUUAAUAGAUCAGCUACGGAAACACAUUGAGUACCGGUUGAAAGUCUCUUUGCCCUGUGACCUUGGAUCUGCUCUAACCGACGGUGUUGUACUUUGCCACUUGGCUAAUCAUGUUCGGCCUCGAUCUGUCCCGAGCAUUCAUGUCCCAUCUCCAGCCGUGCCUAAAUUAACAAUGGCAAAGUGCAGGCGGAAUGUGGAGAACUUCCUGGAUGCUUGCAGAAAAAUCGGUGUACCCCAGGAGCAAUUGUGCUUGCCUCUGCACAUUUUAGAAGAGAAAGGGUUGGGCCAGGUUGCAGUGACAGUCCAGGCCCUCCUGGAGCUUGCCCCACCCAAGCAACAGCAGCAGCAGCAACAGCCGCAGCUCUCUGCUGUCUGAGGACUCCCAGGGCCCUGCAUGUUGGCACCAUGAUGGCACAGCCAAGACAAGGAGCAGGAGGACUUGAUUGCUGUCACUGCCUGCUCGGAGCGAGCCCUGUGUAUUCCUAGAAGCACUGUCUUCAUGAUUCCUGCCGGGAAUGUUGUGUUCCAUUUCUCCAUUUUAGGGGAGAUUAAACCCACUUCCACUAUUUUUUGUUUUAAAUGAAGAUACAGUUUUUUAAAUGGAACUUUGGUUCCUGGAGACCCAUCAUGGAAGACUAAGCUGGCUGUGCUUUCUUCGCAGGGAGCAGGCUCGUUUUCCAGCCAGAGCCAGUAUUCCCACAGCUGAAUAUUAAGCUCUCUCAGAGGACAGACAUGUUAUUAUUAUCUCUGCCAGUUCCCAGGUGUCUACAGCUCGAAGGUGUCCACAACCGGACUUCAUUCUCUGGAGCAUUUGUGAAAUCCAGAUUUACAUCAAAGGUUGGGAAAUGGCCGGGGAGCCUGCAUUUUCAGCAGACACUGUGUUUGAGACCACUGUUCCAAGGCACAUAGUUCUGUGCUUUGAGGGUACCACCCCUACUGCAUUUUUCAGCCACAUUCAAAUCAAAGAAUCUAUUAUGAUGACUUGGACUUUUCUGUCAAAGAGAGCGAAACCAGAGAGAAGCCCUGGGUUCUGCACAGUAUGACAGGUGUCUAAGGCCGGUGCCCAGGCCCCUCCCCAGGUUUGCCCCAUCUUUUUCCAGAGAGUGGUUCCUUGCUCAUCCUGCUGUUUGCUGAAAAGAACACUCCAUGUACAGUUGUAAGCUCUAAAGUGUAGCUUGCACUACCUAGCAGUGUUUGCAUUUGCCUCAGUGGGCCCUGCGUGCUGACCCCAGGCUCCUGGACUCAGCUCCCCACUCCUGGGACUGAACACAAAGUGAGAGGACUGAAGGAAAGACAUUUCUUACAAUCCAUGCAGGUGACAGCCAGUUUCCAUAGCUACAAGAAAGCACUUAGAGCAGCUUCCUGUCUCUCCUCUGUUCCCUCCCUGCAACCCUCCGCUGUGAGCAGAGAACAGAGGCCAGGACUCCCGCACAGUGGAGGGCUAUUUAACCCAGAGGCUUCUCUCCCCUAGAUUUCAGGCUCUUUAGUUGUUGUGUCUCUGGUGCUUGCUACAGUUAGAACCCAAAUACAGUAAUUACACAAAGCUGUUUGUUUUAUAGGGCUUUUCCCUAUAGUUGUUAACUUUUGUGGGUUUCUUCCCAAGGCUUGCAUUUCAGAACAGUAUUACCCUGUGCAGCAUCUAAAAGUAACUUUGAGACUGGACCAGAGUUCCAUCCCCAGCAUCACCUAGAGAAAGGUUCAGAGACAUCCCAGAAGUGGGAGCUGGGGGAUCAGGAUUGGGGCCCACACUAGGCAGCAGCCAGCCACAGCUCACUGGGCUAUCUAUACUAGACUGUGGCUGGAAAGCUAGCUCAGGAGGUCAGAGACUUGCCGCUCUAGCAGAUCAGGGUUCAGUUUCCAACACCCACAAGUCAGUUCACAACUGCUGGUAACUCCAAGAGUCUGAUGCACUCUCCUGGCUUCUUCAGGUACUAGGCACAAGCAUGGUAUACCUGUACACAUGAAUAUAAAACACUCAUACAUGUAAAAAUGAAUAUUAAAAAUAUAUAUUCUUCCUCUGAAAGUGACUUUGAACCAAAUCAUUUUAAAUAUCUAGUCAAAAUAAUAUUUCUCCUUGUUUGUGCAGAGAAGUGUUUAUUAGAAUGCUGCCACUUUAAUUCAAGUUUCAAAGCAUGUAACAGCAGCCAAGCAUGGGCUUGUGCCUGUAACUCAGGCAACUAGGACUCUCUAGAAAGAGGAAGCAUAACAUAGAGUGUCUGCGCUCCUGCCCCGGCCUUGUGGUCCUCACAGAACAGUGAGAACAGAGCCCAGCCUGCUCAUCAGCAGUCCACAGAGCUGGCAGCCAGAGCCCGCUUGUGAACAACUGUGCUUCUGGACUGCAGAUUCACCCUUCUAGGCAGCAUUAAACCUCAGCAUAAUUUCUAAAUUCUAGAUUUUAAUUGUGCAGAAAAUGGGUCCAGAAUAAUAAUACAACACUUGGAAUGGCUACAAGAGUUCCUAAGAGUAAGUUGACACUGUCGAGCAUGGUGGCACAAGCCUUUAUCCCCAGCUUUUGAGGGACAGAGGAGGCAGAUCUGGUCCACAUAUUGAGUUCCAGGCCAGCCAGGGUUCCAUAGUGAGACCCUACCUCAGAAAGAAGAGGAGGACAUUUUAACACUGCGGUUUUCCUGAAACCUUAAUUACGUAACUAAUGCAACUUUGAAGGAUUAGGAUACAGUUGCACGAUGUUGGUGGACAGUAAAGACCGUGUGCAGUUCUUGUGAGCCAGUACACCACAAGCUAGUGCUUCUGUUGGGCCUUUGUGGCUUCUUACAGGUUUCCAAAUUGGAAAGGACAAUUCAUUUGGAUAUUUAACCUUGCUAGACCCCAGUGGGAGAUAAAGUUAGACACAGCAUAGCAAUGGCUACCUUGCCAAUGCUAAGGUAGAUAAGCCACCUGCAGAGAUGUUAUGUCAGCAGUCUGCAGUCUGCCUGGCACUCUGACCAGGACUCCCCUGUAAUGAGCAGGUCUGAUGAACUCUCCCUGGAGGCACCUUUGUGUCUACCUAGAACAGACUAGAGAAGGCAGAGCAGUGGAUGGCUUCCAGCCCAGCAGCUCUGUAAAUACACCCUUGCAAAUAAUGAAGGAGCCUGCCUCUAGUCAGCAGUGACUAAUAAUGUGGUAUGCUGAUGAGUCUGAUCAACUUGUAAGAACUAAGUACUUAGAUGGUUGUAGAAAUGAAGGAAAACUUGGUUAUUUAGAAGCCUUUUAUAUACACAUUGCAGUGAGAUGGUUUACAGCAGAUUUUAUUUGAAAUGUCAUAAACAUGUAAUUAAUAAAAGGUUUUGUAAACAUUGUCCUAUAUUUGUAUGUUUGUAAAUAUAUUGUGUAAGUUCUAAGUAUAAAUACUGUCAAUACUGUGUAUGUUAUUUUAAAUUGCCUGUAUGUCAUCUUAUAUGUGGACAUUAAAAUAAAAGCCAGUAUACUCCAGUAGCAUGUAAUAAACACUUUAAAAUGUUCCA